ACUUCUGGAUGUUAGGAAAGGAAAGCUGAAUGUGGUAAUUGUUCCAAGCCAUGAUUUCUAUUUUCUAGUGCAGAAGGCAGUCUCCCUUUGUUUGCAUAAUCCAGGUGUCUUGUUAUAUUUUCUAAUGUAUGGACAUCACACUGCCCUAUAAUGAGAUGCCACCAUAGUGGAAACGGUAGCCUGAUGGAUAAAAGGUUCAAAAGCAGCACAAUUGUAUCCCAUAUGAAAUAUUACGUGCAGAUAUUGUUUGCGAUCGGAUUCGAGCUGGGUUCCUCCGGAGGAACCCAGUUCCUCAUGGGUUCCUCCGGAGGAGAUUCGAGCAGUUAUCCAACCGAGUCGGAGAAAUUGAUGUUGGCAUCACAAACAAGAUUGACUAAGAACCAAGUAUCGAAUUGGUUUAUAAAUGCUCGGGUUCGGCUAUGGAAGCCAAUGAUUGAAGAAAUGUACAGAGAGGAGUUUGGUGAGUCUUCAGAAAACAUGGAUCCAUCAUUAGCUAGCAGUUCUGUGGGGAGAGAAGGUAACUCAGAUCAAGCUGAUGAUUAGAAGGAGAAAGAUCAUGGGUUCCUCAUGAUGAGGAACCCAGAGUCGGGUUCCUCCGGAGGAACCCAGAUCGAGUUCCUCGUCGUGAGGAACCCAAAGGUCCUUUUUUUUUUAUAUUUUUUUUUGUUGGGGAAUUUUCACAUAAAAAUUAUGCAUGUCA